AGCCUCGGGGGUCGAGCUGGUGUGGGAGAACCACAUCCUGAUGCGAUGUGACCUCGACCCGUAGCCCGGGGUCUGGGUCCAGGCUCGGGUCCGUGCGCUAAGGGAGAGGCGUGGCUUGCGUGGAGGGUCGCGCCAGCUAACCUGGGGGCGUGACCUCGUGCCUCUUGGUGACGUACCGUGGGGCGGGCUCACUCCUGGGGCUGAGUUUUGGGGUCCCGUUGUGGAAAGAGAGGACGGGCUUCUGCCUGUCCAUUGACAGGUAGGUAAGUGGAAGAUAACUCUGUGGUGCUGUCGUCGCCGCUUUGACCUGUGGUGGCUAGUUUGGGUGGGAGUGGUGGUGACAUAAAGGAUUGGGGCUAGCCCCGCGAGGGGCGUGACCUUGUCACAGAGAGGCGUGGCUUCACUCCGAGCCUAGGCGCACAAAGGGCGUGGGCUGGCAGUGUUGGGGGCGUGGCCGCACAGAAACUGGCGGCAAGGGGCGUGGUCCUGAAUCCGGGCUGAGAGAGGGGGCGCAAUUUCUUCCGGAUAGGUUCCCUGUCGCGCCCAAAUCUGGGAAGUGCCCUUUCUCUCUUAGGUGCCACCUCAUGGAGACCCCCGCGGCCGCCGCCCCUGCCGGGAGCUUAUUCCCCUCCUUUCUGCUCCUGGCCUGCGGGACGCUGGUGGCCGCCUUGCUGGGCGCCGCGCACCGCCUGGGGCUCUUCUAUCAGCUGCUGCACAAGGUGGACAAGGCAAGCAUCCGGCAUGGUGGAGAGAACGUGGCCGCUGUGCUGAGGGCCCAUGGCGUGCGGUUCAUCUUCACGCUGGUCGGUGGGCACAUUUCCCCACUGCUGGUGGCCUGUGAGAAACUGGGCAUCCGUGUGGUGGACACACGCCAUGAGGUCACGGCCGUCUUUGCUGCUGAUGCUAUGGCCCGCCUGUCCGGAACGGUGGGCGUGGCGGCAGUGACAGCAGGCCCUGGCCUCACUAACACAGUGACGGCGGUGAAGAAUGCUCAGAUGGCUCAGUCCCCAGUCCUGCUUCUGGGUGGGGCCGCCAGUACUCUGCUGCAGAACCGGGGUGCACUCCAGGCCAUUGAUCAGCUGUCCCUUUUCCGGCCACUCUGUAAGUUCUGUGCGUCUGUGCGGAGGGUGCGGGACAUCGUGCCCACCCUGAGGGCCGCGAUGGCUGCUGCCCAGUCGGGCACCCCAGGUCCAGUGUUUGUGGAGCUGCCCAUUGACGUGCUGUACCCCUACUUCAUGGUCCAGAAGGAGAUGGUGCCAGCCAAGCCACGCAAGGGCCUCGUGGGCCGAGUGGUCUCCUGGUAUUUAGAGAAUUACCUGGCCAACCUCUUUGCUGGGGCAUGGGAGCCUCAGCCCGAGGGACCGCUGCCCCUGGACAUCCCCCAGGCUUCCCCGCAGCAGGUUCAGCGCUGUGUGGAGAUCCUGAGCCGGGCCAAGAGGCCCCUAAUGGUGCUAGGGAGUCAGGCCCUGCUCACCCCGAAGUCUGCCGACAAGCUUCGGGCUGCCGUGGAGACCCUGGGUGUUCCCUGCUUCCUUGGGGGGAUGGCACGGGGGCUGUUAGGCCGCAACCACCCCCUCCACAUCCGGGAGAACCGCAGUGCGGCCCUGAAGAAGGCAGAUGUCAUUGUCCUAGCAGGAACCGUGUGCGACUUUCGCCUAUCGUAUGGCCGUGUCCUCAGCCACAGCAGCAAGAUCAUCAUUGUCAAUCGUAACCGGGAAGAUAUGUUGCUCAACUCAGACGUCUUCUGGAAGCCCCAGGAGGCUGUGCAGGGCGAUGUGGGUUCCUUCGUGCUGAAGCUGGUGGAGGGCCUUCAGGGCCAGACAUGGGCCCCAGACUGGGUGGAGGAGCUGUGGGAAGCUGACCGGCAGAAGGAGCAGACCUUUCGGGAGAAGGCAGCGAUGCCUGUGGCCCAGCACCUGAACCCAGUGCGGGUGCUGCAGCUGGUGGAGGAAACGCUACCUGACGACUCAAUUCUGGUGGUGGAUGGCGGGGACUUUGUGGGCACUGCUGCCCAUCUGGUACAGCCCCGUGGCCCCCUGCGCUGGCUGGAUCCUGGGGCCUUUGGGACUCUGGGAGUUGGUGCAGGAUUUGCACUUGGGGCCAAGCUGUGCCGGCCGGAUGCCGAGAUCCCAGUAAUGGCCUUGGUAGGGAAUGAUGCUGGCUGGACGCAGAUUUCUCGGGAGCAGGUGCCGUCUCUGGGCAGCAACGUGGCCUGUGGCCUGGCCUACACUGAAUAUCACAAGGCAGCCAUGGGUCUGGGGGCCCGGGGCUUGCUGCUCUCACGGGAGAACGAGGAUCAGGUGGUCAAGGUGCUGCACGACGCCCAGCAGCAGUGCCGAGACGGCCACCCGGUAGUGGUGAACAUCCUCAUUGGGAGGACGGACUUCCGCGAUGGCUCCAUUGCUGUAUAGGGCCUUGUGGGUCAGGAUGCUUGGCUGCCUUCCUGCGGCUGGACUGUGUCCAGCUGGUUUGGAGUCUCAUCAUUGCUUGUCCUGGGCCUAUCCCAUGAGGCCCGAUGACUCCACAACCUCCCUGAGGAGGGGAUGGAGGGGUCAAAGCUCAGAGAGGCUCCCUUGUGAGCUCUUCGACCCUCCUCUCCACGGACCCAACUGUGCCCUUUGUCCCCUCUCUUACGGAGACUGAAUAAACCACCUCUGGCCCACGUGGGCCCACAUACUCAGUC